AUGGCUUUCCUUCGCCGCCGAGGCAACAACGCAAUGUCUACUGAGAAUGAUACGCGCCGCCAUACAUUCUUUGAAUCCAGCGCAUCCGGCGACAUCGGUCCUACGAUUCCCUCCCAACCAAGUCAGAAUGACGAACAAGGCGCCGGCGAAUCUUUUCACCCCCCGCCAUCCCACGAUUUACCUCGCGACUCGACCACCAGCAGCCGUUUUGAAGAUUCUCGUGAGAGCCAUAGCGAGAGUCGCCCUGGGAGUCGCCCUGUAGGCCAAACCGAGAACCGCCCUGAUACCCCUCCCAUACAAGAUGAAAACAGCAAGCACCAUCGGUUUUCCGUCUUACGCUUUCGAAAUGCGAGUGAUUCGCAGUUAUCCCUUCGAGCCAAACAGCAGUCCGAAAAAACUCCCCCAGUACCCCGACCCCCCGAAAUCAUUACUACCGCUCCUACAAAUGAACUCAACAAGGGACCAAAGAAGAAGACAUCCAGGAUAAGCUUGGCAGCCAGAUUUCGACGCUCGACAGAUAUACCCCGUGACGGCAACCAUUCAAACGAUAAUUUCGACCGGCAGAAAACACUUCGGAAAUCCUUUACUGAUGACAGGCGACGUCCGCUUGCUACUCUGGACGAACCAGAAUCACCACGGCCAUCUACAACAGCCACUACGAGUAGUCCCAAUGGAGCUAUUCUAACACCCCCAAAUCGACCGUCCGAGUCAUCAAGGUCUGAUGCGAGCUCCAAUGAUCGCAUGUCUCACCAGAGUUCGUCUUACCAAAGCCCAGAGACGACACCCAAGAAAUCGGGCCCAUUUUUCAGAUUACGGAGACACAAGAAGGCGCCAGAACCUCUGUUCCCAUUUGCACAUUUGCAACAACAAGGGAAAGCACCGCCUGGUGUCUCCUCUGCUUCUUCACUUGGUAUCUCAGCUACUCCUCGACCAGCCUCGGCCCAAAGUCACAGAACAGCUGGUGGGAGCACCACAAAAGGUACAGACUUACAAACAGGUCAAUCGCCUGCUACAACUUUAGUUGCUCCCGGCGGUACCCAAUCGGGCCAUUCCUCGCCAACUAGAGGUAAUCUGUUACGAGGAAGGUCCUCUACUAUGAGUUCAAUGGGCCGAGACUCCAAUGAUGAUCACCUUCUCCCACCGACGACCCGGACAUCGUCUUCGACUGGCCGUAAAAGCUUUGGUGAUUUGUUUGGACUGAGUCGUCUAAGGCAAAACUCUGAGCUCAGUCGUCAGGGCACGUUAACUCCCACUACGCCUGCUUCUAUCGGAUCCAAAAACAACUCACUUCAGCUCGCCAGAGAUUCUUUUGUCCUUCCUGAACGCAAUGGAGACGAGUCGCCUGCCAAAUACCUUACCCGAGUCGAAGACGUUGCAAGUCGGGGUAUUAUUGCUGCUACUCUGUCAAAAAGUGCUGACCCAUUCAUGAUAGCUGUCCUUCGGAGCUAUAUGCGCAGCUUCGGCUUCUUUGGGGACCCUAUGGAUAUGGCAAUCCGCAAGCUGCUGAUGGAGGCUGAGUUACCCAAGGAGACCCAGCAGAUUGAUCGCUGUCUGCAGGCAUUUGCAAAUCGCUACCACGAGUGCAACCCGGGCAUUUACUCGUCGCCCGACCAGGCUUAUUUCAUUGCAUUUUCGUUACUCAUUUUGCACACUGAUGUUUUCAACAAGAACAACAAACACAAGAUGCAGAAAUCUGAUUACUUGAAAAACACAAACGGCGAGGGCAUUUUUGACGACAUUCUGGAAUGUUUUUAUGACAACAUCACUUAUACCCCUUUUAUUCAUGUUGAGGACGAUUUAGAACCAGGCGCUGAUCGCUAUGCUUCACACAAGUCACGACGGAAGCCUUUACUCGCAUCCGCAGUCAACGACCCCGCAAAACGGGCUAUGAAGGAGCCCAUUGAUCCCUAUACCUUGAUCCUCGAUGGAAGUUUGGACGCGCUGAGACCCAACUUGAAAGAGGCAAUGGAAUUGGAUGAUCACUAUAACUACCUAGGCACCGCACCCAGCUUGAACCUGAAGGAUUUGCAAAAGACGUUCUUUAAGACGGGCGUCCUGCAGAUUGUGUCAGCUCGAUCUCGGCCAGAUGCUUUCAUGACGGAACAGACAGCCAGUAACCCUGCUGAAGCGCACCCUGGAAUCGUCGAUAUCAAGGUUACAAAGGUCGGGUUGCUCUGGCGGAAGGACGCAAAGAAACGAAAGGCACGAUCUCCUUGGCAGGAGUGGGGAGCUAUUCUUACAGGGGCGCAGCUUUACUUCUUCCGAAACACGGGCUGGGUUAAGUCACUAAUGCAUCAGUACGAUAAUCAUAUCAAGGCAGGGAAUGAUGGUGUACCGUUGAUUUUCAACCCCCCACUCCAAGAGUUCAAACCAGACGGCCUUAUGUCUACUUAUGCUGCGGUCGCUCUUCACGAUGCGGCGUACAAAAAGCACAAGAAUGCUUUCGUAUACGUGCGUCAGGGUGGCCUAGAAGAAGUACUGCUGGCGGAUAACGAAGAGGAGAUGAACGACUGGCUUGCCAAACUCAAUUAUGCUGCCGCCUUCCGAACUACAGGCGUUAAGAUGCGCGGUGUUGUAGGCGGUAAUUAUGAUGGGCAAGGCCGUCGUGGCCUUCGCAGACUUGAUAGCGCCGAUGCUGCCACGCUUAUUCAGACACCAACAGGCCCUGUAUCCAUUGCUCGAAGUCGUAUAGAUCACAAGAUGGCCGAAGACAUCUCGGCUGCUAGGCGAGACGUUAUGAGGCAGAAAAUUGAAGAAGCCGAGGAAAGUGUACAGGACAUCCAAAAGCAGCUCGAGGACCAGCUCAGAAACGCACGGCAUCUCCAAAUUUUGGCACCAAUUCAGCCCAGAACAAGGGAACAGCUCUUGGCCGCCGGUGCGCGAAUGUCGGCACAGAUCAAGUGGACUCGUCAAGACAUGUGGAAAUCAAAAUGUCAUCGCGAUAUCUUGAUACAGGACCUCGAGGAAGAAUACCCAUCUGAAACAUUCACUCCCACAAAACAGACGUCUAACCGACUUUCACAAAGAACUGGGUCACCAACUCCACGCGCCAAUAUGGGACGCAGGGGGUCUAGAUCAACUCAUCAUUCGGGAACCGACGGCGAUCCAAGAACACCUACAGAGCCUCAAGUCGUUCACCUACCCAACUCCACUGAGGUCAACGAGGACGUCGAUUCUCCUUUGGACCAAGUCUUCACUACACCUCCCCAGAGCGCAACAAAGCGCCGGCACAGCUCACGCGACCUUUCCUUCGCUAGACCUGACGCUGCCAGUACGAGGCACGGAUCCAUAUCAAGCAUAGCACAGUCCCCUAUUACCUCAGUGCAGCAGAAUCCAUUGGCGAAGCCUCUUUCACAAGAUGAAAACUCCAAGUCACCACAGCGCCCUGAGGAUGACAAAAGCCAUGACCCUGAUGCUGAAGAACAAGACUUCCUGGAACAGACAGGUCUGCUUGAACAACGGCCUAGCCGUGAUCCUACGGACAAAGCAACUGUCUCAACAGGUGCGGAUCCCGCUGCCGAGUCUGGUACAUCCGUAGACAAGCUUGACAGAAGCAAGAUUCGCCGCAGCCUUCAACGAACCCUCCGAGAAGGCGCUGGACAUCUCUCUCACCAUCGUGGUAGUCGCAAAGGCAAAGAAGUAGCUGGCUCAGGAGAGGAAUCGGCACAAGAUCAUCAGCUUGCAAGAGGCACAGGAAGUUUUGUGGUUCAUGGAAAGAAGGCAUCGGUCAUCAACUUUGGUGAUGGACUGCAGAACAUGACCCACGAUGAAAAGAUUCGCGCUCGAAAGUCCUCGCAGCAGUACGAUAUGCCACUAUCGCCCAUGCCGAGCGGCCCAGAGGAUGAUGAUUUCCAUUCUGCUAUUGGUGUACCUCUUGAAAGUGAGGAAACGAGCGGGCAAACGAGUGAGCGCAGAGAAUCUAUCGCAAGCGCAAGCACUGCAACCGCUCGAAGCUUUCGUGAGCUACAUAGAAAAUACUCGACUGCGCAGGCGACUAGAAGUACGUCCGCUGGCGGCAGAUUGACAAUACCUUCUGAUACGGAGAGUGAGGUUGCAGUCAGCUUCUCAGAUGGGCGCCGAAGCCCUUUGCCUCCUAUGGAGACAGAGACAGAUGAGGAGACAGAUGAUGCCGGUGUUAAAAGAGGUCGAAGCAGCACGAAAGACGAGCUUGAAAGGCGAGACUCGGAUUCUGAGUCGGUUCAAGACGUUGAGCAGCUUCCAAGCCGCCCUGUACAGCCUGUCAACGCAUGA